AUGUCGUCUAAUAAUCUGCCACGUGAGUUGCUUUGUUUCCCCUCAUUUCUCCUUUCGAUCUCCAAGUGAGCUGGGAACUGAAUACUUCUGGGGGGGUUAGAUGCUGUUGAUGCGGAAAGGUUUGUUUGCCCCGGGAUAACUUUCACACUUUAUUGGGCACGGUAGAGGCUGAUAUUCGGUAGCCCUCUCAAGGAAGCAGAGCUCCAGGUCCUCCGUAACCAGUUUGAGAAAGAGGGACAGUUCGUCGGUGUCCAGACCAAGUUCAACUACGCAUGGGGUUUGAUCAAGAGUGAGAAGCGGCUGGAGCAGCAGAUGGGGGUCAGGUUAUUGACCGGUUUGUUCCCUCUCCCUCCUGCUCCGCUUGGGCGGUGGAUGGAUGGAGCUGAUCGGGUGGAACAGAUAUCUUCCGCGACCAUACCGAACGCCGCCGUGAAUGCCUUUACUACCUUGCUCUCGGAAAUUACAAACUUGGGAAUUACGCCGAGGCCAGGAGAUAUAACGAUAGGUUGCUAGAGAAUGAACCGGCCAAUUUGCAGUCGCAGAGUUUGAGGGGGUUGAUCGAUGAGAAGGUUGCUAAGGGUUUGUUCCCCCAGGUUCUGAUCACGGUGGGGUUUCGGGUGCUGAUGUGUAUGAGCUCCCGCAGAGGGCAUGCUCGGCGUAGCCAUCGUCAGCGGUGUAGCGUUAGCAGCCGGACUCGUCGGCUCCGCGCUCUGGAGAGGUAUGUCCAGAAAGCGGUGA